AUGGCCAACUCGGGACUCCAGAUUUUGGGGUUUGCCCUGUCACUACUGGGUUUGAUCGGGUUAGUCGUAGGCACAAUCCUGCCCCAGUGGAAGAUGUCCGCCUAUGUCGGGGACAACAUCAUCACAGCGGUGUCUAUGUACCAGGGAUUAUGGAUGUCUUGUGCAUUCCAGAGCACAGGCCAGAUGCAAUGCAAAGUCUACGACUCAAUUCUGCAACUUGACAGUAAGUAGGCUAAUGAAUGUUUUUAUAUAGAGAUAUCUAUAUAUCAUUAAAAAUGUAUGUUGGUGAAAGUUCGCCUUGCCCCUGUAUGGAUCUAUUAGUGGCAUGAGCAAUAUAAAAACGUAUUAUGUUGAACAUGCUGUAUGAAUUUAGCAGGCAAGGGAAUUAACGCGCGCCCCUUCUAUGUGGAUGAGGCAUGCGCCUAGCCCAAUAUUGGAAUAAAGGAGCCUAACGUUACUCCUUGGAGGAGCCUUACAAGUUUUGUUUUAAAUGGCGAAUUGGCUCUGGAGGCCAAAACAGCCAAAUACUCCAUCUAAACGUGAAUUGAUCCUCAAUUGCGGUAUGGUUCUAGAAACAUAAAACCCUCUACUUUCAUAUCAAUUCAACAACUACGCAAACUAAAACGUACUGUACACUUGCAGCAGACCCUAUUUUUCAUUGACAAAAUGUUUCUGGCCUCUCUUUCGUUUACACGGAGGUGUUCGGAUGACAUAUAGCUAAUUAGCACAGGUAGUCCACUGUUUCCAUAAACAAGCGUUGUAACAUAGAAAUAUGGCUGUGUGGGAACCCUAUAAAGGUGUAUCAAUUUAACCUUUUUGUUUAAAAAUAAUAAUUUCUCACCGAUUAUGAAAGGUCCUUAUGCUUCCAAAACCUACUGCAAGCGAUGCGUGUUAAUGUUCAGACCGAGCAUGGCUGCUUUUAACAAAACUGCCCCCUACAGAGGAUUGCUUCAUCCAAUUACUCUUAUGUGUAAUUUGAUGGAACAGAGUCAUGACAAGGGCUAGCAUGCGCCAUGUCUUAUUGGAAACCUGAUAAUUCUAUGAAUCUGCCACACCUUGUUGCUGGAUUUAUGACUCAUACUUAGUGUCAAUGCUCAAUGUAAACUUUUGGUUGCUUUGUUGGCCAUUUACUAUUCAACUCAAACCCUAUGCGUGUUAUCCAUCUUAAACAUUUAAAAAUUUUAUCCCUUUCUCUAUGGGGUGAUUUAUAUGUAUAUGUUCAUUUUAUUUUAUUUUCAGUUCACUAUGCCUAACCUCUAACGAUAAUACAGCAAUCCGGGGAUAUAAUCAAACACAGGCUACUGAAUAAAUGCCUUCUAUUCACAUUGGUUCGUGGACACGGCUGGUUUGUGCUGUUACCAAGGUAAUGAUUAUCCUGGCAUUCAUUGUCCUGCACCGGGCUAUGCCGUGCCCUCUUCUGCCUGUGAAAACCCCUGUAGGCUGUGCUCUAUGGGCUGUGUUGUAGACUGGUCUCAUAGAUUAGAUUUAACAUUGUAAACGUAAAUCUGGAACACUUAUUAGAAUAUAUUGAGCUGGACAGUGUUUAAAACAAUUGUUUGCACAAACAGUCUUUACAACGUUAUAUAUUCAAUGUCAGCAAUUUUUUUAUUCAAUGUUCAGACAUUCACAAGUAGUGUCAGUGUGGGCGGCAGGUAGCUUAGUGGUUAAGAGCGUUGUGCCAGUAACCGAAAGGUCUCUGGUUCUAAUCCCCGAGCCGACUAGGUGAAAAAUCUGUCGAUGUGCCCUUGAGCAAGGCACUUAACCGUAAUUGCUCCUGUAAGUCGCUCUGGAUAAGAGCGUCUGCUAAAUGACUAAAAUGUAAAUGUAAUCGUAUUGCUUCCGUCCCUCUCCUUGCCCCUACCUGGGCUUGAACCAGGAACCCUCUGCACACAUCGACAACAGUCACCCUCGAAGCACCGUUAACCGUCGCUCCACAAAAGCUGCGGCCCUUGCAGAGCAAGGGAAACAACUACUUCAAGGUCUCAGAGCAAGUGACGUCACCGAUUGAAACGCUACUAGUGCGCACUGCUAACUAGCUAGCCAUUUCACACCGGUUACAUCAGCAUAACACAAUUUUCAUCCAAACCGGAAAAUGAAGGCCGUGAUGGAACAGGCAGUCCUUCCCCGGGAGGAAGAGCAGCUCCGUCUUGCCAAGGUUCAGCUUGAGGUGGUGAUCCGUCAUCCAUACUGAUAUGUCUGCCAGACAUGCAGAGAUGCGAUUCGCCACCUGGUUAUCAGAAGGGGGAAAGGAGAAGAUUAGUUGUGUGUCGUCAGCGUAGCAAUGAUAGGAGAGUCCAUGUGAGGAUAUGACCGAGCCAAGUGACUUGGUGUAUAGCGAGAAUAGGAGAGGGCCUAGAACUGAGCCCUGGGGGACACCAGUGGUGAGAGCACGUGGUGCGGAGACAGCUUCUCGCCACGCCACUUGGUAGGAGCGACCGGUCAGGUAGGACGCAAUCCAAGAGUGAGCCGCGCCGGAGAUGCCCAGCUCGGAGAGGGUGGAGAGGAGGAUCUGAUGGUUCACAGUAUCAAAGGCAGCAGACAGGUCUAGAAGGACAAGAGCAGAGGAGAGAGAGUUAGCUUUAGCAGAUGCCAGGCAGAUGCCAGGUCCGCAGGGAGUCUAGUUUUCUUCCAUUUCCGCUCAGCUGCCCGGAGCUCUGUUCUGUGAGCUCGCAAUGAGUCAUCAAGCCACGGAGCUGGAGGGGAGGACCGAGCCGGCCGGGAGGAUAGGGGACAUAGAGAGUCAAAGGAUGCAGAAAGGGAGGAGAGGAGGGUUGAGGAGGCAGAAUCAGGAGAUUGGAGGGAGAAGGAUUGAGCAGAGGGAAGAGAUGAUAGGAUGGAAGAGGAGAGAGUAGCGGGAGAGAGAGAGCGACGGUUGCGACGGCGCAUUACCAUCUGUGUAGGGGCAGAGUGAGUAGUGUUGGAGGAGAGGGAGAGAGAAAAGGAUACAAAGUAGUGGUCGGAGACAUGGAGGGGAGUUGCAGUGAGAUUAGUAGAAGAACAGCAUCUAGUAAAGAUGAGGUCAAGCGUAUUGCCUGCCUUGUGAGUAGGGGGGGACGGUGAGAGGGUGAGGUCAAAAGAGGAGAGGAGUGGAAAGAAGGAGGCAGAGAGAAAUGAGUCAAAUGUAGACGUAGGGAGGUUGAAGUCCCCCAGAACUGUGAGGGGUGAGCCAUCCUCAGGAAAGGAACUUAUCAAGGCGUCAAGCUCAUUGAUGAACUCUCCAAGGGAACCUGGAGGGUGAUAGAUGACAAGGAUAUUAAGCUUAAAUGGGCUAGUGACUGUGACAGCAUGGAAUUCAAAUGAGGAGAUAGACAGAUGGGUCAGGGGAAAAAUUGAGAAUGUCCACUUGGGAGAGAUGAGGAUUCCUGUGCCACCACCCCGCUGACCAGAUGCUCUCGGUUUAUGCGAGAACACAUGGUCAGACGAGGAGAGAGCAGUAGGAGUAGCAUUGUUUUCAGUGGUAAUCCAUGUUUCCGUCAGCGCCAAGAAGUCGAGGGACUGGAGGGUAGCAUAGGCUGAGAUGAACUCUGCCUUGUUGGCAGCAGAACGACAGUUCCGGAGGCUGCCUGAGACCUGGAACUCCACGUGGGUGGUGCGUGCAGGGACCACCAGGUUAGAGAGGCAGCAGCCACGCGGUGUGAGGCGUUUGUGUAGCCUGUGCGGAGAGGAGAGAACAGGGAUAGGCAGAGGCAUAGUUGACAGGCUGCAGCAGAUGGCUACAAUAAUGCAGAGGAGAUCGGAAUGAAAUGAACUAAACAUCUGGGAAAGGAGAGAGCGGGGCCUCCCUCACCACAACUCCCAAGUAUAACUCUUCCGACUUCCACCUCAGAAACUAUAAUUGUUGUAAACUACAGCGGUUCAAUGUUUUCUAGGAAUAGACUAACUUAGUUUAUUCAGCUAGCUAACUAGGUGCAGUAUUAUUCCGUGAAAAUCGUCCGGGCACAUAUUCAGCCAGUUAGUUAGCUAGAAUAGUUAGCAAACUAGCUAGCCAUUGCUUUCAGACAAAGAAUAACCCCGUCCUUUCAAGGCACGAACACACAGAGAGAGCCAAACUAACGUUAACUAGUCACCCAUGUCCCGAAUUCCUUGAACGACUCGGGCUAUCAAUAUGUAAAAAACAAAACACAAAUGUAGGUUAUGACUUACCCCUAGCAGCUACUGUUAGCUAGCCAAGUGCAAAGCUAGCCACUGAAUUGACUCAGCCAGUUCGCGUCUGUUCGCUCGGUCGUUCCAGCUAUUGUUUACUAGUAGCUAUCCAGGUAGCAACAAGCUAGCUAAAUUUCAAGCACAGUAGCCACUUGCUACCUAACGUUAACGGUUCAGACAAUGAGGUUAGAAAACAGCUGAAUGGUAGGCAAUUAUUGUAUGUAAUUAUUGUAGGCAGCCAGCUGGCGUAAUUACAGGCACUCUCAGGCGUGAAACAACUAUACCGUUGCUAAUAGCUACUCGCCAGCUAGUCCAGGUGGUGGGUUAGCUAGCUAGCUUCGUGCUACACCAGGCUACACCAGGCACAGCCGAAUACAAUACUAACCUACAAUAAUUACAUACAACAACCCACGAUAACAAAUGCAUUAAAUCACCGGCACAUUGCGCACGUUAGGCUACACAUCAUGAAAUAUAUUGAGACAAAGUACACUCCGUUGCCUACAAGUAGCAACAAAUAUCUCAAUUGAUUGGACAUUAAAUGUAGGCUAUUUCAAUAUGAUGGAAAUGGGCCUAUAGCCUACUGUUUAUAUUGUAGCCUAAUAUUUGAAGCAUAUUUUUAUAAGUUGCUUGAUUGUAUCAAUUGCAAAGACAUUGGUGACUUUGUAGUCAACUUUGUUCUGAAGUUAUCGGCUUUCAGAGGGACAGAAGCACAUGGUUUAUCCAUGUUUAGCGUUGUGUAGUGAAGCGGGAGGGCAAAAAAGCAUCCAAUGACGCACUUCCUGUCUGGGUUGGCGCCCCCCCCCCUUGGUUUGUGCUGUGGUGGAGACCUCUGUGGGCUAUACUCGGCCUUGUCUCAGGAUUGUAAGUUGGUGGUUGGGGAUAUCCCUCUAGUGGUGCGGGGGCUGUGCUUUGGCGGAGUGGGUGGGGUUAUAUCCUUCCUGUUUGGCCCUGUCCGGGGGUUUCUUCGGAUGGGGCCACAGUGUCUCCGGACCGCUCCUGUCUCAGCCUCCAGUAUUUAUGCUGCAGUAGUUUAUGUGUCGGGGGGCUGGGGUUAGUUGGUUAUACCUGGAGUACUUCUCCUGUCUUAUCCAGUGUCCUGUGUGAAUUUAAGUAUGCUCUCUCUAAUUCUCUCGUUCUCUCUUUCUCUCUGAGAACCUGAGCCCUAGGACCAUACGUCAGGACUACCGGGCAUGAUGACACCUUGCUGUCCCCAGUCCGCCUGGCCUUGCUGCUAUUCCAGUUUCAACUGUUCUGCCUGCGGCUACGAAACCCCUACCUGUCCCAGACCUGCUGUUUUCAACUCUUAAUGAUCGGCUAUGAAAAGCCAACUGAGAGACCUGAGCCCUAGGACCAUACGUCGGGACUACCGGCCGUGGUGACUCCUUAAUAAUAAUAAUAUGCCAUUUAGCAGACGCUUUUAUCCAAAGCGACUUACAGUCAUGCGUGCAUACAUUUUUUUUGUGUAUGGGUGGUCCCGGGGAUCGAACCCACUACCUUGGCGUUACAAGCGCCGCGCUCUACCAGCUGAGCUACAGAGGACCACACUCCUUGCUGUCCCCAGUCCGCCUGGCCUUGCUGCUAUUCCAGUUUCAACUGUUCUGCCUGCGGUUAUGGAACCCCUACCUGUCCCAGACCUGCUGUUUUCAACUCUUAAUGAUCGGCUAUGAAAAGCCAACUGAGAUUUAUUCCUGAUUAUUAUUUGACCAUGCUUGUCACUUAUGAACAUUUUUGAACAUCUUGGCAUGGUUCUGUUAUAAUCUCCACCCGGCACAGCCAGAAGAGGACUGGCCACCCCUCAUAGCCUGGUUCCUCUCUAGGUUUCUUCCUAGGUUUUGCCUUUCUAGGGAGUUUUUCCUAGCCACCGUGCUUCUACACCUGCAUUACUAGCUGUUUGGGGUUUUAGGCUGGGUUUCUGUACAGCACUUCGAGAUAUUAGCUGAUGUAAGAAGGGCUAUAUAAAAUAAAAUUGAUUGACUUAGCUGUUCUACGGGUGGUGAGGCAGGCAUUAGAUUACGAAUGUUUUGAAGUGCAACAUUAAUAACGAUGGUUUUGGGAAACGGCUCAGAGAUUUAACGAUGCUCCUACGAAGGUUCUAACGAUGAACUUAGCCUUAAGAUGCUUUUGGGAAACCGGGCCCUGUUGUAUUAUGGAGAGAAUUAUUACUCUCAACUCGGUGUCCCAGGCCAAUUGUAUACCUGUUAGUCCCUUGUCUUUCGAUAACCCGCUCACUUUUACAGCCUUUUCUCAGCACGGUCUCUUCAGAUAAAUGUCUGUGGGUGUUGGAAUAUGAUUAGCCUAUACCAACACGUUGCAAAUCACUGUAAAUUGUGACAUUGCAAUAUUUUAGACCUGGAGCUACAGCAACAUGCUAGCCUCUGACUACAGUACACUUACUGACCACUUCCCCCUGAUUUAAAUAGCUUGAUCCUGUAUCUUAACAAGUAGUCUUGUAAAAUGUAAAUGUAGUCUAUGGUAAUUUCUCUGUCACUACAUCUCAGUGUAAAAAUGUAUCCUCCAUUACUCUUCAUCAGUAUACACCCUGUGCUGUCUAGAUGUAGAGUUAAGUGUGUGGCUUACUGGGGGAGUGCCAUCCAUUCCACUCAUGUCUUCAGAUACUUCACCCAUGGUGCACCUGAAAAGUUCACUAUGCUCCCAGACUCCAACUGCUUGAGUUCACUGGACUGUUUAUGGUAGUUGUUUUAGUGGCUGUAAAGCACUUUGUUUUACUUGUGUAUCAACAACACCUUUUGAUAAGGCUGUAUCAUUUUAUAGACUCCUUAUCUUUUAUUCUCUUGCUUGUAGGCUUUAUUGUAUCUGCAAACAUGAACAUAAGCCAGUUCUGAUAAACACUAAUCAAACCAGUGGUCAGCUGUAACAACUCAACAAAUAAUAGCUUGAUAUCCAUUUUAAUUGCACUGAUAGCAGGGAGAUGGAAUAUUGCCAGAUAUGAAUAAGGCAUUAGGUUGUGCCAACUGCUUACUUGAAUGUCCUCAUGCUGUCCUGGUAAGUGAGGAUUGCAGAGUAGGCCUACAGUUUUUGUCAUGCCAAUACUGAUUGGUGUCAUUGGAGCUUUUCAGAACCCCGGCCACAUUUUAAUACAUAGUUUCAAAUGUUGGUAUGUUGUCUAAAUGGUUCCUGAAUUGUUUGGGGUGUUAUGAGGCCAUAUUGGAGAACUUUGCUGACUUCAAGGCAUCCAUUUUGAUUUGGGCUCUUUUGAAUGUGGAGGAAGGAAAUGUUUUCAGUGGCAUGGAGAGGGAGUGUUUCUCCCUCAGUGAAACCCAACUCCCCCGGUCUCUCUCAUGACUGGUCUGACCGGUUCCUGACUGAGCCGGGGAGGGGGGGGUGAGGGGGAGGGGUGGCACACAAACACACAGGCCAUUCUCUCGAAACUGUAAAAAUAUAUUGUCAUCUUUCACAAUUUCCUGUUGAGUCACUGAGAUUAGGAUCUGAUCUAUUUCAUAGUUUUUUUUAAAAAUCAGAUAAUAUGCAUUUUUCCACAAUUCUCUUUAUGUAACAAUUUUCGAAGUCCAAAAAGUGAUAAACAAAUCAAUAUUUCUAGUACUUAUAUAUUGCUCCCCUAAUGAAGCAUAACACUGAAAUAUUUCAAAUGAAAUUAUAAAAAUUUUAAUCUGACUUUUUCACAGUUUGAGCUUUUUAGCCAUUUCGGGAAUGAGAAGGCCAAGUGGGUGUAAAGGUGGCGUUUUGAGAAUAAGAACCUUAUUCUGAAGGCAUAUAAGCAAAUGAACUCACUGUGCUCAUCUAAGGUCUAAUCCUCUAGAUGAUGCAUCAUGGGUGAAUACAACUGUAUUUAGAAACUGAUUGGUGUUUUUACAGGAACUUGAAAAAGUGUUAUGGUAAUGAAACACGUUCAGACACUGUGCGUAAUAAAUAUUAAUUUAAUGUAAACUUCAACUAGUAUACCAUUUAUGGACGAACUACAGCAACAUAUUUGGUGUUUUAUUAAAAUAAGUUUGGCUUUUUCUAAAGUAAAAUAAAAAACCACCAGCGUUUAAUCAGGACGCAUUACGGUAUUGAGAAUUUGGUGUGAAAAUGUACAAAAUUCAGGUGACAUUUUUUAAUGUAUUUAAAAUAAGACACUUUCCCUAAGAUUAGAUCUUAGUCCUCAGAAUGGUAGUUGAUAUUUGCAGAUGCAUCAUGGAUUUUGUUUCUCAAUUUGCUACAGACAUUUUCAAUCUGGUUUCAUGAGAAUCACCCCCCCCCCCCCCCCCCCCCACACACACACACACACACACUCCACCCUUGAAGGUUUCCGUUGGAUAUGGGUUCUGUUGCACCCAUAGAGAUUUAUAGAGAUCGCAAUGUUGUAUCUGUGCCAUUAUGGCAUCUGUGACUGCAUGGGCAGCACCAUUGAGGCAAUCUCAAUUUUAAAGUAGUACAUCUUUUGAUGUUUGUUUGUAAAAAUGUGUACAGCUAAUAUUGGUGACUCACCACCACCUGCAGUGCAGAAGUUUUGAACCAAAUCUUGUCAUUCAUUUAUUGUGGACAUGUAGCUUAAAGCCAUUUACAAACUAGGCAAACCAAUUUGAGGAAGACUAUGCUCUGAUCAUUGACUGAUCGCUCCCGCCAUUUUAAAGUAAUCAAGUGGGUGGGAAGCUCUCAAUGGCAAUGUCCAUGCAAAACCGGUUUAUUUCCAUGUAAUGCAUACACCUCUGGUUGCACCUGCCUACAGGUGCAUUGGGAGUGGUUGAGACAGGAGUUCAGUGUGGAAUGGUUUGCGUGUAUGGUUUCAGUGGCUACACUGCUCUCGGGUCUUAAUAACCUGGCUAUUAAAACUAAGUUUAAAGCAUUUUAUUCCUAUAACCGAAACCACUUGAGGCAGAGUUCUCUAAAGUCUGGGUGGAUAAAUCAAACAUUUGUCAACUAACAUGGUCAUUCAUUCACUAGACCAUUUUCACUUUUCCUUCCACUAUCAAAAACUCUAACUUGUGUCUCAGUUGAAAAAAUAAAUAAAAUGAUGUUUAAUAGGGCAUGGCACCCUAAAGGGAUAACCUGGUGUAUUAACCUUGUCCUCCCCACUUCUCCAGGCGCCCUGCAGGCAACGCGUGCCCUGAUGAUCGUGGGCAUCAUUGUGACCGUGGCUGGAUUGGGUGUGGCAACCAUGGGAAUGAAGUGCACCAACUGUGGAGGAGAUGACAAAACCAAGAAGUCUCGCAUCACCAUGACUGGAGGCAUCGUCCUGCUAAUUGGAUGUGAGUUACUUUGAAAUCGGCAGAUAUGUCAUUUGCUCUAAGUUCUCUGUAUGAUCGGAUAUUUUCACCUCUAACGUUUUGUUCCUCCUCUCCAUAGCUCUGUGUGCAACUAUCGCCUGCUCGUGGUUUGCUAACAACAUCAUCAAGGAGUUCUACAACCCAUUCGCCCCUGUCAACUCCAAGUAAGUACUGCUGAAUCCCUCUAUGGCCUCCUUCCAUUCUUUAUUGCCCCUCUUAUUACCUGGAAUCAUUAACUCACGGUCUUGGAGUUGGUGAAUGCUAGAAGUUGCGGCCUAUUUUCUGUUACGCAUGCAAUUGUACUGAUACCAACACAAACCCUGCCCUUCAUCUCCUCUAGGUAUGAGUUUGGUUUAGCUAUCUUCAUUGCCUGGGCUGGAGCCUUCCUGGACAUAAUUGGUGGUGCCAUGCUUGCAGCAUCCUGCCCCAAGGGCAAACCUACACCCAAAUACCCCAUCGCCUCCAACCGCCCCCCUAGCAGCACCAAGGAAUUUGUCUGA